GGGAUCUCGCGCUGUCGUCAGCUUUUCACUAUCUAUAGUUUGUUUGUUGAAGGGUCCACGUCGAUCAUGUCAAGAAACAGCAGCGAUCAUAGAUACUACCUAUACGACAGUUACAGUGCAGGUCUAGGGAGCACGUCACGCAAACAGGAAGUAGAGGAAGCACUACCGUUUGUUUCACGUCGUGACAGAAAUGAAGGCAAGACUGCUGUUGCUUCUCUUGCCGCUGGAUAUCAAGAACGGCAUAGGAAACCAACAGGAGGAUUCUCAGGAAAAGAGAUAGAGAGAUCUAGAAUGAAACAAUUGACACCAACUACGUCAAACAUUUCCAGAUUUGAAGACUACAUUUUGCGACAAAGGAAAGCUGCUGGUGCGGGAAAUGCAGGAAAUAGCAGUAAUGGACAUCAUAGCCACAUGACCGAAACCACGUGGCAUGAUGAUCAAACUGUGAAUGCUUUUGCAUCAUCACCUCGAAUUGGAAAGAAUUUUUUAUCCAGUGACUACGUUGCAGGGUACCAUCGACGUGAUAAUUCAUCUCGAGCAGGAAUUGAAGGAUCGAAAGUGACAGCAAGGCAAAAUGAUGCUAGUCAGGCAGACAGUCACUCAGCACUAAUGCUAGGAAAACAAAAUUGUUGGAGCCUGACUCCAUACCAGAGUGAAUUUUUGGAGCAAAAUCGUUCUAAUGGACAAAUGAUGUCUAUGUUUCCUUCAACUUGUCAAAUAAUACAGAGCCCACCUUUAAUCAGAAUUGGUCAUCAUUCGACAGAUGUUGAUGUAAAUGAAACAGUAAAAGAGAGCAGUUAUUUUUCAACCACUGCUGAACGUCUGGAUAUCAGAUCAGAUGUAGAAUCAUUGACCAGAGAGGAACUGAUCAUGCAAUGUCGCUUGAUAGAUUUUCAACGUAAACAAUCGGAAUCACAUGAAAGAGAGAUGGGUGAGCAACUGACUGCUUCAGAAGACCAACUUAAACACGUGAAAGGUGAAAAUAUAAAGCUAAGUGAAACUAUUAAACAGUUAGAGUCACAAAAAAGAGAGAUGAGUGAGCAACUGACUGAUAAAGAAAAUCAACUUAAAUGUGUGGAAGGUGAAAAUAAAAAGCUAAGAGAAAUUAUUACACGUCAAUCACAAUGGCUAGAAAUGAGAGAAUCAUCGAAACUGCGUGUAGAGUCGCCUGAUGCUUAUCUACUUCGUUUGGUUACAAUUCUAUUUACGUGUCAGCUCAAAGAUUUCUUUGUACACCAAAUAAUUGACCAAGGAUGCGAGGGUGCAGUAUUUCUAGUCCAGUGUAAUCGUCAAGGACUUGGAAUGUUUCAAAAGACGUUAUUUGCACUAAAGGCAGUCUUCAACAUAUUUGGCCACUCAACUGUGAGCAAGUUGCGCAAUUUUUAUCAGAACGAGUACACUUCUCUAUGCCACAUGCAACCCCACAAAAACAUCGUCCGCCUCUACGCAUUCUUCUACGAUCGAACUGACGACAACUCUGCACUCGAGCUGCCUCCUGCUGUAGCAGAGAAUGCUCGAACACUUUCCUUGUUCCUCGUCAUGGAGCACGUUCCGAACACACUGAAGACAGUCGUCGACGAGAUGCGACGAGAAAACCGUCUAACCUCACUCAGAGUCAUGAAAUGGGCACGUCAGAUAUUCGCAGCCAUAGAGCACAUGCUUCAAUACAAUGUCGUUCAUCGAGAUUUGAAACUCGAUAAUGUUUUGGUAACGCGCGAGGGUAUAUUAAAAAUCUGCGAUUUUGGAUCAUCGAUUUUACUGUUGGAUAGUAUGACAAUGAGGUACCAACCUGGAGGAUCUCUGGGUGGCAAUCCGGCACAUAUGCCUCCGGAGAUAUUAAAUGCUGUUGCUGGACAAGACGUUGCAUGUCAGACGCAAGAUCUGUGGGCAAGUGCUGUUAUGGUGUAUGAGAUGGCUGGCGGAGCGUCUCCGUUUGCUCGCCUCGAUCAGAAAGGCUAUCGAGUAGGCGACAUUCCCGAUUUGCGCCUCGAUUGUGGAGACGUUCGAGGUGGAAACGCUGCGUUUCCUCGACGAUUCGUUGAGUUGAUAAGAUCGCUUUUGGAAUUCGACGUUGCCAAGAGACCCAAUGCACAAGAAGCAAUAGCCGUGACAGACGAACUAAUAAAUUGUGCUGAUUGAGAGCUUUUUAUGACUGCUAUUUUAUGGUGUGUACUUGCUAUAGCGUUUGCAACAUGUGGCUAAUAAUUUUGAUAUCGAAGAUAAUUAUAAUUGCUGCUUUAGCGCA